GGCCACUGGGGGGCGGUAACUGCGCAUUAUUUACUUGUUACUGAAGCAGGGAUAGUCGCGUUUCAGAUAUUUUUGCAUUUGUUUCUAGUUUUACAAAGCUUAUCUUUAGUAUUCAAACAAUGCGUAAUACAUAAAAAUAUACUUUUAAUACAUAAAAUAUUAAUACGUAACAUUUUUUAACGAUUUACACAAAAGUAUGUUGCCUAGCAACUAGUGAUUCUGGCGUCAUAUUAGCAAGCUAGGCGUUUGGCUAACAAAUGAGACUUUCUUCAGACCCAAAAUAGAGCCUAGAUGCCGCUUAAAAGAAGAGGACCGUUACAACUUGUCCAGAGAGAAGUGGAUGAACUAAAAAAGCAGGUCGAUAAUUUGGUAAAGGAUGUGCAAAGUAAGGUUGGAUCUAAUGAAGAGGCUUUUCGAAGAUGUCAAGAUCUGCAGAUGUCAGCAGAGAAGACACUAAAGACUUUGCAAAAGCUCACAAAGGCCGAGGAGCCAGCUCCUGUGGGUAACUAUGAUCAGAGGAAACAGGAAGAAGAGCGACGGCUGCAGAAAAUCGUGGAGCGUCUGAAUGAUCUUUCUCUGGAUCUUUCACCACCUGGACCCAGUCGUGACACCGGUGACGUUUCAAAGGAUGAGAGUCAAAGGGAGGCUAAUGAAGAUGAGGAAAGCAGUAGUGAUGAUGACAGUGAUGAAGACUCAGAUGAUAAAAAGGCUGUAAAGCCACCAUUACAAUCAGACCUCUGGAUCUACACUGUCCUGAGUGAUUUCAAAGGAGAAGAGGAAGGAGAUCUGUCAGUUCAGAGAGGAGAGGUGUUGAGGAUCAUCCGAAAGACGGUGGAUGGUUGGUGGCUCGCUCAGGACUCGAAAGGCAACAGAGGAGUGGUUCCAAAGACAUUUCUGAAGUUUGGCUGUGGUGUUGAUGAUGACAAUGAGGAAGACAAUGGCGAUGAAGAAGACAGCGAAGAAGAAGAUGAAGCUGAAGAUGAGGAGGUAGAAGCAGAAGUUGGCAAAGACUUCAAUGGUGAACAGGACAAAAACAGCAGUGUCUCCAACUGGUCGACGGUCAGAAAGGCUCUGAAAGAGGUUGAUGCAACUGAUGUGCUGUCAGCCAUGGGAGCUAUUCCACCGGGAUUCAGACCAUCCACUCUCGGUAAACUGCUGGAGGAGGAAGGUGAAACGUACAGGGCAAGUCGCUACAUUAAACCUGAGCUCAGCCAAUCUCAGCUCUCCUUUAAAGACCUCCUCCUGAACCCAGACACCGGCAGGGUACAUGCUCGCCAGGUCAAGACCAGUGUUUGCUUCACUUUGUGGAGUUGCAGGUUGAUUCCCACUCCUGGGGUCGGAGUUCAGGUCCUCAGCAGACACGUCCGUGUCUGUGCCUUCGAUGGAUCACAGGUUUUGAGUAACAUCCACACAGUCAGAGCAGCAUACAACCCCAAGAACCCCAAGACAUGGAGCUUUUCUCCAAAGAUGACCGGCUUGCUGCCCGUCCUAAUGGACGGAGACUGUUUCUUGCGCUGCAACUCUGUGUCUCCUAAUCUAGGAAUCCUCUUUGAGCUUGGAGUCACUUUUAUUCGAAAUUCAACAGGGGAGAAAGGAGAAUUGAGUUGUGGUUGGGCCUUCCUGAAACUAUUCGACGAGACUGGAAAUCCACUCUCUAACAAGACGUACGAGCUGCCAGUGAAUGGUGGCACUCCGUACGACAAAGAUGUCACAUUGGAGACUUCAGUCUCAAGAGGAUCCCCUGGCAGUGUUUUCCAACAGAUGCUCAAUGCCAGGCGGCUGCCCAAACUGGUUGUAAAGAUGAAAUCGACCAAUCGUCGAACCAGAACGCAACUCAGUGUGCUUCCAGAGACUCUUCUGCACUGUCUGAGCUGCGUUAACCUCCUGGCUCUGCACCGACAGCUGCUGGCCGAGGCUCUGCUGAUGGACCGCGUUUCCAUCCAGAACGCAGAUCUGAUGUGCAGUCCGAUACUCUCUAGCUUUCCUGUGCUGCUGGACCAGACGGACCUGCUGGACGCUCUCAGGAGUGCUUGGUUGGAGGCUGAAAACGGCAUGAGCAAAGCGCAGAAGAGAGAUCUUUCAUAUCUGAAGCAAGAGUUCACUAAAGUCUACUUGUCAUCUGCAUACUUCCUGCUUCACUCGCCAUCCUUGCCCAGUUAUUGCUGGACAGACCAGCCCUCAGAGGAGCAACGAGCCAGAGUCAUCUAUUCAACUCUAAGCACUCUCCAAACCUCCCAACAGAGUAGCGGACAAGUGGGAAAUGCAGACAUCUUCUCUGACUCAACACAGGAACAUCUGGCUUUUGAAAUAAGUGAGAUGACAUUUGAUCUCCUCCAGGCAGCUGUCUUUAACCAAGAAUAAGUCUCUUCUGUUUUUUUAUCAUAUUUUUGGAGAUAUAAAUGAUUGUUUUUCUAUUAUUAAAAUCUGUAAUAGCAGACAAAAGACAGAAGCAGUGAGAUUUUUGUUGGCAGAUUUUUUUUUGAACUCAAAAUGUUGCCAGACUGAUUAAAGAACACUUUCAGAUAGUAA